GGUUCGUUGUCGCGCGUGAGCGUAUCGUUUCACUUUUUUUUUUUUUUUUUUUCAAAUUUUAAAUUUCAUUUUUCUUUGGCUGUGCUGUGCAUUAUACUGGAUAACCUUUCCUUUGGCGAAUGCGGCACGUUUCCUUCUUGAGCUGUUGAGUGUGUCAAAAAGAGAAGAAAAAUAAUAAAACAAGUGACGUCAAGAGGAAGUAUGCAAAACACAUCAAACGACUCGGAAACAAACAAACAAAACAAAACAAAAGUGAGAAAUGUUUCGUACUGGCGAGCGUAACAGCCGGCGAAUCGGGAAUGUGAAGUGUCUACAUCUCUCUUGGCGGAUAUUUCGCACCUAUCGCGAUUAAUAACUGUUCAAAAAACCGCAAUGAAGUUGACAGCCUGGCCGUGUGCUGCUGCUCACCACCCGCCAUCGCUCCGCGUUCAAUGGCCACCAGCCCCAGACGAAAUUCAUCGUCGUCGUUUCAGUCUGCGGCCGUCAGCCGCUACGAUCGGACGCUUCGGUUCGGGGUUGCGCUGGUGUUGUUGUUCGUGUUCUUUUUCGCGUUCGCUAAAUAACACACACACACACAUACAUUUUUUUUCUUAUUUACACACAGGCACGGACAACACACACACACACAACACCUCUCUCACACACACCCAAACACCAAAUUUCAAUUUUUUCUAUUUUGCGCUGUCCAGUCAAGACAAAAGACUCACACACACACAUACCCAGUCUAACAGAAGAAAAAUUCAAAAUUGUAUUUUUUUUUUGGGUGGGAAAUCUGCUGUACGAUCGAUAUUAUCAUCGGAAACCGGUCAAACACAAAAUCAUUUCGAGUCCAUCGUCGCUUUGUCCGUUUGACGUUUCAUUCAUAAACUCUUGGACGAAAGUGAAAUUGCCAAUUUUCGAGACCAAUUCGUGAAAUUCAUUGACAACCCAAAUCAUCACUGCCACCACAAGAAGAAGAAAUAAGUGUCGAGUUCGCCUCGUGUCGAGUGUGCAUGUGUCUCUGUGUGUGUGUAGCAUCACAAUCGCCAUCAUCGUCCAACCUGUGGUGCCCGCGCCAGUGCGGAUUCGAUCCUUUUCGAACUUUGGCGCGCCGUCAUUUCGUGGCCGCCGUUCACAUCGCGCGGAAAAAGAUUUUACCGCGACCAAAAAAAGGGCGACUGCUGCUGCUUGCUGCUGCCAUUCCAUCGCCACAAACUAUUAUUAGGUGACUGAAAGGAGCGUGUAUCUUUUGACUCAUUAAAAAUCAGAAAGAAAGGCAAGACAACAAGGCGGAAUUAUCUCCUCUCGUCGCCCGCGUUCAUUGUCACUUCCAAAUUCGGAUAUUAUCCCAUACACGACCGGGAAGGAAUAGCCCCUCCAGCAACAGACUGGAAAUGUCAUCAACUUGAGACGAUCGAAAUUUCAAAAUUCAACGCGCAGAGAUCGGAAUUAAAAAUUUGAGCGAAUUGACCAGACCCGAAAAAAAAAGAAAAAAAAGUGACUUGAUUGCCUUCGUCUUUUUUGAUCGAUCAGAGUGCGAACCCAAUGGCCAGCCAGCCAAACAGUAGCAGCAGCGGCUACGAGAUGAGCCAAGAUGAAAAGAGACACAAGAGUCGAAGGUGGCGCGGCCUAUUCGCCAUCGCCAUCGCCUCUUGCCUCUUGGCGCUUAUCGCCGCUCCCCUGUGGUCGCUCAUCGGCGAUCAUCGUCAGUCCAUCACAGAUGACACGACCACCGCCACGACGGUAGACACCAACCCGAGGAGGACCAAACCCAACCCAGACGAAAUGCAUUUCACAUCAGACGGAGGAGCGGGAGGAGCCGUCUAUGUCUGGCCGCAACGGUUGGCCGCCGACGACGCCGACGUCGUCGUCCAGGCAACCAACGAGCGUCACUAUCGUCGCCGGAGGGAUCUCGUCUGGCAUCCGCAUCCUUCCUACCAGCUCACCCUUCAGGACGGAUCGUCUUGGGGACGGCUGGAUCUAGAACCGGCCGGCGACGACCAACUCUUCGUCAGCGGACGGGCCGACGUGAUCCAGCUCAUUGACGAAGCCAACAACGUGUCGUCGUCAAUGAAACCGGACGAUUGGCGGCCACUUCGAGGCUGUUUCUACCGCGGUCAAGUCGUCCAGCACCCACCACUGAACCAGCAGGCAGGAGCGGCCGCUCCUGGCCGGGACUCCAAGGUCGUCCUCAGCCUGUGUCACGGACUGACUGGCCAUAUACGGACGAGUGGUGGCAGUUUCUUCAUCGAACCGUCGCCACUGACCGAUGGCAAUCGAGUGGACCACAGCCAAACGACAGGUGCCGUCCGCCACGUCAUCUACCGCGUCCGGCACCCGUUCCGGUUCGAGCAGCCGCUGCCAUCCAGUUCGACGAGUCGUCCCGUUCGAGCCCAGCGAGAUGAUUCCCAUCAUCAUCCGCCAUCCGACGGCGCACCUCCAGAUGAGCCAGAAGAAGAGGUUGACGUCGGUGGGCGUCGGCGACGUCGUUCCGUCUCGCAGGAGCGAUUCGUCGAGAUCCUGGUCGUGGCCGACGGCAAGAUGGUCUCCUAUCACGGCGACAACUUGGUCCAUUACAUCCUCACUCUCAUGUCUGUCGUGUCGCUGAUUUACAAGGACGCCAGUCUCGGUAAUCCUGUCCAGAUCGCCGUCGUUCGAAUGCUCCUGCUCAAGGAUCAAGAGUUUGUAUUGACAACAGCCACCGGUGACGACUCGGCCAGCAGCAGCAAAGAAUCGCACGAAAUACUGGACAGCCGCCCCGGUAAAUCGGCGUCGGAGAUGUUACGUAAUUUCUGCAAGUGGCAACGGGUUUUCAACGACAUGGACGACUCGAGUCCUUACCAUCACGACACGGCCCUCCUGCUGACAAGGGAAAACAUUUGCCGGAAUCCUCAAUUGCAGAAAUGUGACACGCUGGGACUAGCCGAGCUGGGCACCAUGUGCGACAGCUCCAACUCGUGUUCCAUCGUCCAAGACAAUGGGCUCAGCGCCGCCUUCACCAUAGCUCACGAACUGGGUCACGUACUGAACAUGCCACACGACGACGAUUUCAAGUGUCAGCAAUUUGUCGAGUCGACGGGCGGCGUUCACAACGUCAUGUCGAGGAUGCUGGAUCACAACACUUUCCCGUGGGCCUGGUCCAAUUGCAGCCGCUAUUUCAUCACCGAGUAUCUCGAUGGCGGUUAUGGCGAAUGUUUGCUGGAUAAACCGUCGACGGAUCUCCUGGAUGCCCAUCGCGCUGCCAAGAAACUGCCCGGCGAGAACUUUGACGAGAACAAACAAUGUGAACUGGUCUUUGGACACGGAUCGAAAAUCUGUCCUUACAUGCCGCCCUGCAAGCGAUUGUGGUGCACGACGUCCGGCGGCGAGCAGGAAGGUUGCCGAACCCAGCAUAUGCCUUGGGCUGACGGAACGGCUUGCGGAAGAGGCCGAUGGUGCCGGCACGGUACUUGCCUAUCCCGCGAUGUCAAAAGUCUGGAACCCGUCGACGGAAAUUGGGGAUCCUGGCAAGAAUGGAUGAUGGGGACUUGCUCCCGGACUUGCGGCGGAGGCGUCCAGCGAUCCACCAGGAACUGCGACAAUCCAGCACCGUCCAACGGUGGAACUUUUUGCCUUGGGAAACGUGUCCGUUAUCGUUCGUGUAACAUCCAAGAAUGCCCGGCAGGCACUCCCGAUUUCCGUGAGAAGCAGUGCUCCGAUUUCAACAGCAACAACUUCAACAUCCAGGGACUUCCAGCCGACGUCAAAUGGGUCCCGAAAUACGCCGGAAUUAGUGUGAAGGAUCGUUGUCGCCUGUACUGCCGAGUGGAACAGUCGAGCGCUUACUACCUGCUCAAGGAUAAGGUAAUCGAUGGCACCAGCUGCGGCCCUGACACGGACGAUAUUUGCGUCAACGGCAUCUGCAAGCCGGCCAGCUGCAACCACGUCCUCGGCCGCAAGGAACAACUCGAUCUUUGCGGUGUCUGCGGAGGAGACAACUCGACUUGUGUCAUUCUCAACGGCGGCUAUAACAGCACUCAGUAUGGCUACAACACCGUGACGCGGAUACCGGCCGGCAGCUCGUCGCUGGACAUCCGCCAGCGAGGCUAUCAGGGCUCCAACCGAGACGACAACUAUUUGGCUCUUAUGGACCCGCAGACGGGCGAGUACCUCCUCAACGGCAAUUUCGUCGUCAGCAUGUUCCAGAAAACGAUCCAAUUUGGCGGAACGACCAUCGAAUACACGGGCUCGGAUGCCGUUGUCGAACGACUCAAUUCUUCCAAGCCGCUCAAGAAAGAUGUCGUCGUCCAGGUUCUGUCUGUGGGUAAUCUCUACUCGCCGGAUAUUUGGUACCAAUACGUUGUGUCUCGAGCCGAAGGCAAAAGUCCGUCUUACCACUGGAAGUUGCAGGAACAAUGGUCGGCAUGCAGCAAACUCUGCCACGGUCAGCAGUUCCGAAAACCGAUUUGCGUCCAGGCAACGGGCGGUUUUCAAAAGAUGCCGGAGGAAUACUGUUCGGCCUCUCCGCCUCCUCCGCCCACCGAGACGCAACCUUGUCAGACCCAGUGCAUCCUCAGAUGGCGCGUGAUUCACCAUUCCGAGUGUUCGGCUCACUGCGGCAUGGGCGUCCGCAACGUGACUAAGCAGUGCGAACAAGAAACUCUGCUGCCACAGCAACAACAACAACAACAUCCUUCGGCUCAUACCGUCCCGGUCGACGAUCGGCACUGCCGUCACUUGAACGACCCACCGCCAGAUACGGAGCCUUGCAAGGGCACUUGCCACUCAGCCCAUUGGCAAUUCCAUCCAUGGAGCCAGUGUUCGUUGACGUGUGGGGGCGGAGUCCAGACCCGAAAGGCUCAUUGCGUCGACCUCAACGGCCGCGUCAUUGCCGAUUCCAAUUGCCCGGUCGAGGAGAGAGUCCUUCGACAGAGUUGCCACAUGGAGAGCUGCCCGCGAUGGGAGGUCGGAGAGUGGACCCCGUGUUCGGUGAGUUGCGGGACGGGCGAGCGCCAACGGGGCUACUGGUGCCAACUCGAGAACCACGUCAUCGCCAAAAGCUACUGCUAUCCGGUCCGGCCUCCCGUCCACAAGGAGGCCUGCCACAUGGGUGACUGUCCCCAAUGGCACGCCACUCAAUGGGGCCAGUGUUCCGUCACGUGUGGAGUUGGACAAGCCGAGCGGAUCGUCGGAUGCCGCAUGGAGAAUGGCAGUGUCGUCGAUUCGACCUUUUGCGCUGGUCAGGACAGGCCGGCGUCCAUUCAACAGUGUGUCGAAUAUCCGUGUCCGACAGAACCACCGACAACGACAUCGACUUCAACAACCCAGGCGACUCCUACAACUCAACAACCAUCCACUACUGCCAUUUUCCCCACCAGUGCCGUCCCGGCGGCUUCUCUGGCUCUGGCCGGUUUCCGCCCACAGCCAAUGGAGAUCCACAAUAUCGAUCCGGCAAUUAACAGUCUCGAUCCUACCGACUGGAACCCAGAAUCUAAUGAUAUUCCUCGUAUUGUUGCUGCCUGGAGGACAGGAACUUGGGGACAAUGUUCGUCGACUUGCGACGGUGGCUAUCGGAUGCGGACUGUCGUCUGUUACGACAUGAUGGCCAGCCGGGAAGUGGAUCAAGCUCAUUGCUCUGAUCCGGCACCAGUUGGCGUCGAGAAAUGCGCAGCUCACCCGUGUGCUGCCUGGAUCCCACACAAUUGGACUUCCUGUUCCGUUACCUGCGGCAUGGGAGUAUCCGUCCGCGUUGUCGAGUGUCAAUUCCUGUUGAAUAAUUCCGGCGCACCGGAUGAGAUGUGCUCUGCGCUAGAAAAGCCACCCACCGAGAAGAGCUGUUCCGCAGCGCUGGCCGUUUGCAUCGGAUCGCCCAUCUCGCAUUCCGUUUCCGUUGAACACAAUCACACUUCCAAAAUGCCGCAGUGGAGGACCGGGUCUUGGGGUUCGUGCUCGAAAACCUGUGGCGCCGGAUUCAAACGGCGACAGGUGGUUUGCCACGAUGAACUCUUCAAGGAUUCUGAUGGAUGCAUUCCGGCCAAACGGCCACAGGACACAGUUCACUGCAACACGGACCCUUGCCCUACAUGGUCUUCCGGUGAAUGGAGUUCUUGUUCCAAGUCGUGCGGAGGAGGGACGCAAACCCGGCCUGUCACUUGCCGUGAUCACCUGGGUCAAACUUUGCCCGAUCAUCGAUGCCAUCCAGCCGGAAGGCCAGAGUACAGCCAGAGUUGCCACACCGAUCCUUGCCCAACCGAGCCGCCGGUUCCGGAGAAAACCUACCGAUGGAAAACGGCCGCUUGGACUACGUGCUCAAAAACGUGUGGCAAAGGGGACCAGUACCGUGAAGUUUACUGUCAGGAAGUUGAAGGUCGAGUGCGAGUGGACGAGAACCGUUGCCCGGAAUCGAGUCGGCCUCGAUCGCGACGCGGAUGUAACAAGGCCGCCUGUCCUUACUCGUGGGAAGUGGAGAAUUGGUCCGAAUGUUCCCAUCCGUGCGGCGCGGGCAUCCAGCACCGGCGGGUCACUUGCCAUCGAGUCAACUCACACGAAUGGAUCGACCCGGAACCGGUUUCAUUCGGAUGCAAUUCCACCCAGAGGCCGGCCGACCUGCAGGAAUGCAGUCUUGGCAACUGUCACGCUCUGUACGCGUGGCGGGCCUCGGCUUGGCAGCCCUGCACCGCGUCCAAAUGCGGCCGCCAGGGUUUCCAGAAACGAUCGCUGGCAUGCGUCAACAGCCGCACCGGUUCCAGGGUCUCGCGAUCCUACUGCCCGCAAGAAUUCCGACCCAUCCGCAAGAGGCGAUGCCGGGCCUCUCCAUGCGGCUACGUGUCGUGCAAAGAUGUCCAGUUGCGGAGCGCCACCGGCAAGGACCGGAAGACUCCGCCUGCGGACGGCCCGUACACUUUGAUUGUGGCCGGCAAGAACAUGACGAUUUACUGCCAUUUGAUGAACACCUCGUCUCCGCUCGAGUACCUCACGCUCACGACGGGACACCAAGAUAAUUACGCCGAAGUUUACGACAAAACGUUGAUACGGCCUGAUAGCUGUCCUUAUCAAGGAGCACGCAAAGAUUCGUGCGACUGUUUCUUGAACCGGCGUUCAACGGGAACCACCUCCUUCAACAAAAUCCGGCUCAAUGUCACCUCGUUGCGUGUCGACAGUAAAUCCCGUUUGAUAUUAUGCGCUAUAAGUUCAAAGCUAUUUUUUCCUUUUCUUUUUUCCUUGCCGGCACAAAAGUUUGUCCGUCAAAGGAAAAAAGAAAAGAAAAAAAGUUUCGUUUCAUUUUCCGUUUUUCCCCGUCUGUGGUUUUUGAUUGAUUGGAUCACAGGUCACGAUUUCACGUUCGCCCGACUGGUGAGGGGCCACCAAAUGGUGGGCUACGGCGAGGCGGGAGACUGCUACAGCACGGCCAACUGCCCGCAAGGCCGUUUCAGCAUCAAUCUGCAAGGAACUGGACUGCGUGUCUCGCCGCAUACCAGCUGGGCCGGCCACGGUCAUCGCUCAUCUUUGUGGAUCAACAGACUAGAGGACAAUCAAAAGAUUCAGGGCAAGUGCGGCGGAUAUUGCGGACGCUGUAGCCCCGAUCCUCACGCCGGUCUCAAACUGGACGUUGUGUGAGUCUACCUGUAGAAACUUAAUCUUUUCUUUUUUUAAUUUUGUUAUCAAAAGAAUAUCGUCCCCCGGGACCGGCUGUUAUAUAUUCCGUGUCCCCUAGAACAAGUUCCUGAAUGGAGUUGAAUCACUCUAAAAACAAUUCCCGUUUCAAUUCAAUGGGAGGGCUGUAGGAAGGGAGGAGGGAGGGAGUCGUCAUACAAAAAAAAAAGCACAAUCAUAAAAAAUAGACAUAAAUAAAAGCUCGCCCAGAUACCUGCUCUUAUAUAACUAACUACCCACUGCCGCGUAAAUCAGGGAACAAAAAAAAACGAGAAGAAUUUGUGUUUUGAAACGAAAAAGGCGGCGAAUAAUGGCCCAGCCAUAUCAUCCCCCCAAGUGAAAACAAAAAAAUCAUUCGACAACGAAAUUGAGAAAACUAGCGACCCCCCAACUGCAAACUAUGACGUGUAAAAUAAAGAACAAAUAAAUACUAUAUAUAAAUCAACACACAGAAAAAAAGAAAAAAAAAAUCUAAAUAGCAAUACGAAUUGUAUUAUUAAUAAUUAUUAACAAUUGAGCCCCAACGAAAAACAGAAUUGUAUGUAUUUUGCAGCAUUUGUUAUAAUAUAAGAGAAUUGUUUUUUUGUUUUUUUUGUGAGUGCAAUACUAUCUGGACGAAAAAAUAGCAAAUUUUUUCUUUUUGGAAUUCGUUGUAACAUUCUGUUGAGCUUCCCGCUUCACUUCCGCCAACACUAAUGGACUGACUAGUCAUCAUCAAAACUUUCGUGCUCUCGACAUUCGCGCAAUUUGAGAUUGUUUUUGAUUCUCUUGUAAGGGGCUGCUACAGUAUAAUAUCAACUCUACAUGAAAUUGGAAACAAAUAUUUCUAUGAUGUGUGUGUGUAACCUAAAUGUAUACAUUUUGAAACCAGACGAGAAACUACACAGAAAACGAUCAAUCAAACAAAUGAAUGAGAUGAUCAAUUUUUUUAAAAAUCUUUUGACACUUAAAAUAUGUGACCGUUUAUGCUGAUAUCUAAUAUUAUCUCUGCCAAGCCGACAAGAAAGACAAACAAAUCCACCACUGCCAUGAAAAAUGAUUUCCUCCACUCUCUCUCUCUCUUUUAUUAUCUAAUAUUUGUCUCCUCCUCGGCUCCUCCUCCUCCUUCCAUAUUGACUUUGAUCAAAUUCUGAUGCGGUACUUUUCCCGUCUUGAUCCCUUUUUCUUCUGAUUUCUUUUUCAUAUUUUCUCACUCUCUCUCGUCGUCAGAAGUGGUUGGCUGUGUAUGUCUGUGUGUUUAAGUGCGUGUUGUAUAUAUAUUAAUUCGAAUGAAGCCCCACAUUCUGUCGGCCCGGCGAACGAUGAUGGACAUGACGCGCGUGCCAAAAUGUGGAAUUUUGUCUCCGUCUCAAACAAUGAACUGAAUACAUAAUGACUCCCGAAA